AAAAAAAACCUCUAAUUUAUUUGCCUCCAAUUUUCAGUUAGAUCACACAAGGAUAAUGAAAUUGAUCAUUGGAUUGGUAUUGAUUGCAACUAUUUGCAGUGUAGGUACUUUGGCUGCUAAUGCUCCAGUUGCUUUCCAUACUGCCACAACUUUUACCACUACUUCCCUGACUCAAUCUGCUCUGGUUGCUUCGUCUGGAGUUUCUGAUCCAAAUUUUGCUCCAUAUGCUGCUUUUGAUCCUUUCGAAUAUAAUGCCUUCAACUUUACAUCCACUAGAUGUACUGUUCCUUCAACUAGUGUUUUGAAUGCCUUCAAGAUUUCUCUUCAAAAGGUCUUGUUAUCAUUCAGUGCUUCUGAAAAGGCUGACAAUUUUAUCAUUUCGUCCUUGUUGGGUGGAAAUGGUCAAGAAGCUACUUUGAGAAAGUAUGCUGAAGAUUAUGGACACAUAGUUCACAAUACUCCAAUGGUGGUUGUUGUUCCAAGCACAACUGCAUUAGUUGCCAAGUUGGUCAAGGCUGUCAAGUCUGUACCUUGUAAUAGUCAAUUUGCUCCUGUCAAGAUUGUUAUUAGAGGUGCAGGAGGUAAUGUUGAAGGUGGUUCACAAAUUGUUGAUGUUGCCACUUUGAUUUCCAAGCAAGAAUUGGAUGAUGAUAAUACUAUUCCACCAUUGCAAAUUCUCUUGGAUUUGGGAUCUAGAUUGAACUCUGUUGCUACUCAAGCUACUACUGUUGGAAGUCAAAAGUCAUUGUGGGCUUCAGCUGGUGCCACUUGGCUUGCUUUUACUCGUGCUGCUGCAACUCUUGGAUUGAGACCUUAUGUUGCUCCUGACUAUUUUGGAAUUACAUUGGGUGGAUCAUUGUCAAUUGGAGGUGUUGGAGGUGACUCUGCUUUCAGAGGUCUCUGUGCUCACCACGUUGCUGAAUUGGAAGUUGUUAAUAGUGAUGGAGAUGUUCUUACUGUUACUCCAACCUCCAAUUUGUUCAAAUCUGUUUUGGGAGGUAUGGGUCAAUUUGGUAUCAUGACUCGUGUUCGUAUUAAUUUGGAACCUAAUCAUCCAUUCACUCGUAUUUACCACUAUGUCUCAACUGAUAUUAAUGUAUUGUUGAGAGCUGUUGACAAGAUUCAACAAGUCAACCAAGGAAGUGUCCAUGUUAAUACUGUCCAAACCUUUAUCGUUCCAGGAACUUUAGAUUUUAUCAUUAAUUGGGUUUUGAAUGGACGUACCACUUACCGUUCACCAGAAGAAGAAGCUCAAGUUAAUGCUUUGGUUUCUCAAGGAUUGACUUACAUUUAUUUAUUGGAAAUGACCAAGAGAUUUGAUAGUACUGCUGAAAGCCUUGAACAAAUUGCUGCCUUAUGUGAUGAAACAUUUGAUUUGGCUGUUGUUGAUGAUAUGCCAACCAAUAUUUGGGAUGAAAGAUUGUACUAUUUCAGUUUACCAGCUUUAAUUCAAACUGGUGCUUGGACACAACGUCAUCCAUGGCUUAAUAUUUAUUUGGCAGGUGAUGUUUUUGUUAGAGACGAAACUGGAAAGAGUGAUUUUGACAGACUUAUUGAUAGAUUCACACCACUCAAAUCAACUGGUUUUGGACACAUCGGUCUUUAUCCAAUUUUAACAUCACCUCUCUUUACAUCAGCCUCAUUGCCAUUCCUUUCAGUUCCAACCACUUCAAAGUGGAGUUAUUUGAUGGUUGUCGGUAGAGAUGAUGCAUUUGGAACUGAUGCUGGAUUGAAUUAUCAAGCUUUUGACAAUAGAAAGAUUUGGGAUGAUAUGACUAGAUCUGUAUUCCAAUUCGAUCGUCCACGUGCUACCCUUUAUGCCUCUAAUUAUAUUCCAGAUUUUGGUAAUAGUGAUUGGAAGAAGUACUUUGGAAAAUGUUCAUAUAAUCAAUUUGUUGCAUCCAAGAGAACUUUAGAUCCAAACAAUAUCUUCAUGGACAAUAGAAACUUCUUUUAAAUAAACUCCUGUUGAUAAUUGAGUUUC